AAUGUCAAACGAUGCAUUGCACAUUCCGAAGGAAGAAUUAUUAAAAUUUGCAGUUAGCAUGAGAACAUUAGAUCCUUAUGUUAAUCCUUUGGAAUUGCUACACAUGACAAAUCAACAAAAACAACUUGAAAAUUGCCAAAUAGUAAUACCAUAUACAAGAAAGUUCAAUGAAGAGAAAGAAAAGUAUAAAAUAUGUAGCAACAUUGUGCAAUAUUUCAUUACAAAAACUCUAUUUCCAAAUUGUUAUCAGCAAAUUACUUUCCUGGAUGUUUCGAAUGAUAAAAAAAAUGGUGAAGAUGAGAAGGAUUAUUUAUUGAAAAGAGAAGAACAAGGAAAGUAUGAUAGUGAUAACUUGAAAUUGGAAUUAGAAAGUAGAGCUGCUGCCAUUAGUGAUAAAGAAAAUUCUGGAUUCCUUAAAGAGAAUAUUUAUCUGGCAAAAUUAAACUAUAGAAAGGAACUUAAGUUACAUAAUAAUUUGGCUUUGAAAGAGAAUUUAUCCAAUUUUGCCACUCACUCAAAUUAUCCAGCUUUCUUCUAUAAGAUUGAACUCAUGAAAAUAUGCUCAAAUGUUGUUCAAUUGGAAGAACAAAUUACACAAAUCAUAGAGAAGGAAGAAAGAUUUGUUCCAUUACACCAAAUAGUUAAUCAAGUUCCAAUUGCUUCAAUAAAAGCAGAAACUGACACUGAUGAAGCAUUGAAAACCUUUGAUUUGGAUAGUAAUAAUUUUUAUUUUGAGUUUAAAAAAAUACCUUUUGAUGCUAAAGAUAUGAAUGAUUUGUCAACAAAACUAUACCAGUUUCCAUAUUUUAAGGCUCUAGAAUUUCUAGAUAGAUAUGCUACACCUUUACUUGUAAAGACAAUUUUCUUUGAAGAAUACUAUGUUGUCUCUCAAAAUUGGUUGGGAAAAGUCCUUCAAAACAUUGAAAUACUUUCAAAACCGUGCGAAGAUUCCAUCAAAGAUUAUUAUUUUUUGACAAAGGAUACUCUUAUCUAUGUUGCCAUAGCAAUUGGUACACUAGCAAUGGAAAUAAUAACAAUUAUUGAAUAUGCUCUUCAUAAAAACUCUAUGUAUUACGAGAAACAUGUUAAGACUGUAUGGGAUGGUAGAGAUGAUCAAAGUAAUCAAGUGAACUUUGACUUCUCUAGCAAUUUAAUUUUCACAAAUCAAUAUAUAACAAAAACAAAUGUAUCACGAAGACAAAAUUUGAUUUGGAUAAUGCAUAAGGAGAUUAACCCAACUGAUUCUAGUGAUGUAAACUUUACAAACAACAUAUCAACUACAUCCCAAAAGGAUCAGGAUAAUACUGAUAAAGAAUUUAAUUUGAGUUCAUUUACUUAUAGACUUAGCAACCCAAAUCCUCAAGUGAAGAAAUACUUUUGUACAACCUUAAUGGAUCCUGUCUACUUUCAUACAUUUAAAGUAAAACCAAAUCAAAAAAAAGUAAUUAAUUAUCACACCAAAAAUUUUAAUGAUGUUGGUGAACAAAUCGAAAUGAAAGUUUUUCUUGAUAAUGUUUUACUUGAUUGUUUUGCCAUUCCAAAUGAAAAUUAUGAACUGAUCAUUGAAACAAGAGAGGAUUUAGCCAUUAAUAGUAAUGUUGAUUUUGCUUUUGCUCCUAUGUCUGAUGUGGUAAAUGAUCGAAUUUUGCCUAUAAGUAUAAAAAUUGGACAGAAAUUUCAAACAAUGGUUGAGAUGGAAGAUAAAUCCCUAAAGCCAACUAUUGCUACAAUAUAUAACAAGCAAAUUUUCAAUUGGGAGAGGCUCAUUGAAUAUUUAAAUGUUGACCAGGUCCCACAACUCCUUGUUGAGAAAAUAUCUAAAGAGAGACCGAAUUCUGAGAUUAAUUAUGACAGGUUUAUUAGAAAAUAUGCUAAGCUUCGAAAAAACACUCAAGAAUACAAUGCUAGGUUUUACUCUGGAAUAAUGCCCAAUUAUGAAUCUUAUAAGAGAGCUGAUGCUCUACCUGGUUUUCUGAUAAGAAAGGAACUAAGCCCUACAUCUAUACCAGUUCUCUCAGAUAUAAUAAAAAGCCAGAGUUUAAUACCAUAUGGUCUAUGCUCUAUGGAAACUGAAGAUGAAACUUGGACAGAAUGUAGUCAUGUUGUGAAGAGUCCAUUUGAAAUGAGCCAUGACCAAAAAGUGAAAUUAUGGGAGCUUACCAGAUUAGAACUUAUUUCAUUUCCAGAGAUUUUAGAUUUAUCUUAUAACAUUGAUCUUGUUGAAAUUAGUGGUGAAAUUUGUAAUUUGCCACUUGAAUCAUUGAAUUUAGAUGGUUGUCCUGCACUUAGAACGCCACCAAGAGAAGUUGUUAAUAAAGGCCUUGAAUUUAUUCAAGGUUACAUGAGAAAAUUACUUGAAGGCUCAAAUAGAUGCAGAAAAACUAAAUUAAUAUUGGUAGGAUUGGGUGGAGCUGGUAAAACUAGUCUUGUCAAUAGAAUGAUGAAUGAUACUAAAGAAGGCAGUACAGAUACAAAUGUUACUGAUGGAAUUAUAAUAAAAAAGUGGCUUCUUCAAUCAGUUGAAUAUUCAGUUUGGGAUUUUGCUGGACAAACCAUCUAUUAUAAUACUCAUCAAUUUUUCUUAUCAAAUAGAGCAAUUUACAUUCUUUUAUGGAAUGUUCGUUUAGGUUAUGAAUAUGCUGGUUUAAAUUUUUGGUUAAAUACUAUUGGUCGUCAUGCUCCAAAUGCUCCAAUUUUACUUGUUGGUUCUCAUAUAGAUGAGGAUGGAAGAAUAUUACACGAUGAUCUAACAAAAGUAUGGCCUACCAAAACUUAUCCUAUUGAAUUACAUAGUUGGCUUAUUACUCUAAUGGAAGAAUUUAAUUUAUUAUUUUCAUUAAAAUCACAAAAAGAAUACUUAAUACCUUGUCUUCUUCCACCAUUUCAAAUGGAAAAUUUUUGGGAAGGAGACGUCUUAACUGAACAAGAUAUAGAAAAAAAAAUGGUUUAUGAAUUUGAUUAUCUUCCAUUGGGACUCUUUAAUAGAGCUCAAGUAAGGCUUCAUUACUACAGUGAUGAAUUGAAAUUAUGGAGUGAUGGAUCAUUCUUACAAAAGAAUGAACAUAGAGGAUUUAUUAAGAAAACAGAUAGCUCAAAAGUUAUUGUAAAAGUUAGAGGACCAAGACCAGAUAAUAUUUUGUUUUUUGUUCACGAAGUAUUCGAGAGACUAAUUGAAGAGUCUUUUUCUGGAGUGAAAUAUGAUUAUUUCCUGUCUUGCAUCGAAUGUGUUCGUUGCAGAGAAUCGCGACCUUCUAUGGUACCAUCAGAAAGAAUUAGAAAAGCUCUAAAUUCAAAAAUACCAUUGUUACAAUGCUUUCAUCAUUUUCAUAUUUUAACCUUUGAUCAACUACAAAAUAUGUUGCCACCAAAAGUUUCUGACAAUCUGAAACAUAAAAAAUAUACUAGAAAACUUAUCAAUGAAUUAUUCAAAUACAUUAGUAUCAAUUAA